GGGUGUCCUAGUAGCUUGCUUUGGAAUAGAGAAACGCCAAAGGGGAAAAGGGCAGCCUGAUCUUUCUUCAAAAAACGCACCCUAUUCCUUCUCUCUUUCCCCCAUAUCGCAUUUGUUCUUCAGCUUAGAGAGAGGUAGAGAAUGUUCCAUCCCAAGAAGCCCUCGGGUAUGAAUUCCCAUGAGAGGGGGAUGUGCGUGCAAGGUGAUUCUGGCCUCGUCCUCACCACCGACCCCAAGCCUCGCCUCCGAUGGACCGUCGAGCUUCAUGAACGUUUUGUCGACGCCGUCACCCAGCUCGGAGGCCCCGAUAAGGCGACGCCGAAGACCAUCAUGAGGGUGAUGGGUGUGAAGGGUCUCACUCUUUACCAUCUCAAGAGCCAUCUCCAGAAAUUCAGGCUGGGAAAGCAACCCCACAAGGAAUUCAAUGAUCACUCCAUCAAGGAUGGUAAGAGAGCUUCUGCACUUGAGCUUCAAAGAAGCUCCGCUUCUUCUUCUGCCAUGAUAGGCCGCAGUAUGAAUGAGAUGCAGAUGGAGGUGCAGCGUAGACUUCACGAGCAACUGGAGGUGCAGAGACACCUGCAGCUGAGGAUAGAGGCGCAAGGGAAGUACAUGCAGGCCAUGUUGGAGAAGGCAUGCCAGACGCUCGCUGGUGAAAGCAUGGUCCUUCACAACUCAUCCGGAGCAGGGUACCACAAUCACAAGACCCCCAGUAAUAUGCCAAACCCGAUGAAUAGCAUUGGAGGAGGAGCACCAUUUGUCAAAGACUUUGGAUCCUCAUCCCCUCUCAACUUCCCUUCUUUUCAAGACCUCAACAUCUACGGUGGUGCCGACCAACUCGAUCUUCAUCCCAACCUAGACAGGCCUUCCCUUUCCCUCGAUUCCUACCAUCUCCCCAGUAAUAACAACAACAGCCACGACAACAGUGGUUUUGGAAAGAAGAGACCAAGUCCCUUUGUGACCGGUGGUAGCGGUAAGAACCCUUUGCUGUGGUCUGCCGAUGAUCUCCCGGAACAUGGCCAUGACCAGAUCCACACGCCUGAGAUGGUCGAUUCCAUCUCUGUUGACAUUUACGAAGCGAAGCCACCCCCGGCUCUUACCGGAGGAGGAGGAGGGGAUGAGCAGAAGCCUUUGAAGCCCCAUCGCCACGAUGACCAUCUCUUUCAGCAGGCUGGAUGAUGCUGAUGAUGAUGAUCUCUACCCUAGCUUAUACUAUGGUAAUUAAUUUCAGCUGAUGAUGAUGUGACACAUUAUUUUUGGACUAGAGUUUCUUCCGGGUCUUCAAACCUUGCUCUUCUAUGUAUGAGCAUAUGUAUCAUGAAGUCGGCUUUGGGAACUUUGAUCAUCAAGGAAUAUUAUUUAGGUUUACUCAUCUGAUCACCUCCGAGUUUCCAGUGGCAGCUAGAUAGUUGAGAACAAUUUACGAAUCACAUAAUGCCAUGCAGGCAUGGCAGAACUUGUUUUAACUUGUAUUUUCAUUUCAUGUACUAAAUCUUCUACUUUUGCACGAAA